AUGGCCCUGGGGAGAGGGCUGCUCCUGCUGCUGGCCCUUGGCCAGGGCCUGGCCCGUACCCAGAAGACUCUAGAAGAAGUGCCAGUGCAGCCGGGCUUUGAUGCACAGAAGGUGGAGGGCCGCUGGCUAGUCAUUCGGCUGGCCGCCAGCCGUGCAGACCUGGUGUCCCCUGCCGACCCCCUGAGGCUCUCUCUCCACUCCAUUUGGACCAGGCACGGCGGGGACAUGGAGUUGGUGCUGUUCUGGAAAGGACAGGGCGUAUGUGAAGGAGUAAACGUCACCAUCCAUCCAACCGGGCUGCAAGGCCAGUACCGAGGCUCCUUUGAGGGGGGCAGCAUGCACGUGUGCUUCGUCAGCACCGACUACAGCAACCUCAUUCUUUAUGUGCGCUUUGAGGACGACGCCAUCACCAGCCUGUGCGCGCUGCUGGCAAGAAGAAUGUUUGAGGACCCCCAAUGGCUGCGGAAGUACCUUGAUUACGUGGAGAGAUUCCACCUGCAGAAUGCGCCAGUCUUCAAUAUAGAUGGUAAGCGCUGCCCUGCAGCCAGUUCUCAGAGAUAG